AAUACUACAUUCUUCUUAUUCUUCGUCUCCCCGUUCAACACUCUAUUCACUCAUCAUGCCACUGACAUUGACGCUGACACGUAUCUUCGUGUUUUUCUUCUUCGCCGCCGUGACUUGUUUCUCGCCUGCGUCAUGUUCCGGCGAAGUUCAGGCAUUCCGUGAAGCACCGGCAUUCCGCAACGGCAGAGAAUGUCCGCCUCGCGAAACAUCCGUCAUCCACAUUGCUAUGACGCUUGACGCGACCUACCUCCGCGGCUCCGUCGCCGGAGUAUUCUCCGUCCUGCAACACGCGUCGUGUCCAGAGAACGUAGUGUUCCACUUCGUUGCAACCACGCAUCGUCGCCGGCAAGAGCUCCGUCGCAUCAUCAUUUCCACGUUCCCGUACCUGAAAUUCCACAUCUACCACUUCGACUCGAAUCUCGUGAGAGGUAAGAUUUCGUACUCCAUUCGCCGCGCGCUCGAUCAGCCACUCAACUACGCACGGAUGUACCUUGCCGAUCUAGUUCCGGCGACAGCUCAGCGAAUCAUUUACUUCGACUCAGACCUCAUCGUUGUUGAUGACGUGGCGAAGCUAUGGAGCAUCGAUUUAGGCGAUCACGUGCUUGGCGCGCCGGAGUAUUGUCACGCUAACUUCACUAAUUACUUCACUCACCGGUUCUGGUCGAAUCCGACUUAUGCGGCGUCGUUUAAGGGACGCGAUGCGUGCUACUUUAACACUGGUGUGAUGGUGAUUGAUCUUUGGAAAUGGCGUGAGGGGAGAUACACGGAGAAGCUUGAGAACUGGAUGCGGAUCCAGAAACGGAGCCGGAUCUAUGAACUCGGAUCUCUGCCGCCGUUUCUUCUGGUCUUCGCCGGAAACGUCGAGAGAGUGGAGCAUAGGUGGAACCAGCACGGCCUCGGCGGUGACAAUGUUGAAGGACUUUGUCGUGAUUUGCACCCUGGUCCGGUGAGUCUUUUGCAUUGGAGUGGGAAAGGGAAACCCUGGCUUAGAAUCGAUUCGAAGAAGCCGUGUACGUUGGAUAGCUUGUGGGCACCUUAUGAUCUUUUUCGUCAUUCUGUUUCAUUGUUCAACGAUUCCUAAUUAGGGUUUAGUAAGAAUGAUAAACAGCUCGGGUUUCAGAAAUGCUCCCACACGUUCAACCAAAGGGAUAAUGAAAUGGCUGAUUAUGGGAUAUGUAUAUAAUGGAUUUGGAUGCUAUAAAAGCUUCAUGAUGAUAUGAAAUCAACGGCUGCAUUAUGUUGUUGUUGAUCAUUCAUUACAAACCUCCAUCAUGAUCUGCACGGCAAAGCAGCAAGCUGUGUGUGGCACAAAAACUGGGUCCUUUAAAUGAGGAGAAUAACCUGGUGAAAUGGAUUGGAUGGUUCUUAACAGAGUGAUUGAAAAUAAAUAUGAAGGUUUUUCUAUUUCAUAUAUUUGCAUGAUACAACAAAGGUGCAACUUUUGUAUGGGUUUGGAUUAGGCAUUCUGAUGUCCGGUUCCUGUUCCACUUCACCAUGGCUAUUGGUGCUGUUUUUCCUUUUUGGCUCUGGAUUUGUAGUGUUUUUUUAUGUAAAUUUAAAAAUAAAUUCAGAAUACCCCUCUCCUUUUCACCGUGGUUAUUGAUGCUUCAUAAAUUUCCUGUUUUGCUAUUGUCUAGCAAUUCAAAGUGACAUACCUUUUGCAUUUGGUUUACUGGAUUCUUGUUUUGCUAUUCAUACUUUGAAAUCCAGAUUUUAGUGAAGUUUUUUCUUUUUAGUUACUUGUUUUGCUUGGUUUUAUUAUUUUGAUUGACCUUAUUGCAAUUUUAUGAAAUGCAGAACCUUUUUAUUCUUAAAUAAUGGAAACUUAUGGAUCAUAAAUAGUAGCCGUGAAAAGAAAAUAAUUUCACCUUGUGAUGUUGGCUUUAAAAAUCUUUUUGGAAAUGAACAAGAUGCUUCUCUUGAGGCGUGAGGUCGGUGUCAAAUGCCAGUCACAGAUUGCAGCUUUUAAAUCAUCACUCUCACUGAAGAAAUCAAAUGCUUCUCUUCAUUCUUCACCACCACAAAACAGGUGGUUGACAUUGUAAUAGGUGGCUUUUAUUUUUAAUUAUGCUUAAUGGGUUCUUCAUGAUGACUGUCUAAUUGUGCAUUAUAAGGAAUUACAUUACUUUCAUUUGGUUACAAUUUUCAUUUUUUUUUAUCGAAGUUACUAUUUUUGUUGGGUUAUAUAUGAAAGAGACUGAAAUAUAUGAUAAAUUGAAAAACAAAAUAUAUACAAGGAGUGAUAAACUUGAUCGCCGGUGUCAAUUACUGAGUGAGCAUGCAAAAUCAACUAUAUAUGAAAGAAGAAAAGGGUAGAUCUAUUCAACCCAACAUGGAUUCUAUAUAUAUGAAAAUUGGUUAUGGAAUGAAGUCUAAUUAUCAACCAUUGAUCAACUUUGAAUGUGAAGAAAACAGAAUUACUAAUUUUAGCAUCAGAGGAGCAGGUGAAGGCCAACCAGCAACAGAGAUGCUGUUGUGUUGCUCGUAAGAGCAAUUGAAUUGGUGAACUCUUCACUUUUCUAUCAAGGUAUCAUCCAGUUCUCCUUCUUAGGAUAGUCUUCUCUCCCCUUCAUUUCUUCAUCCGCACUUUCAUAUCUUCAUCGUCUUCACCAUGUCUACUCCUUCACCAGUUCUCACAAACAAUGGUGUGUCCUGAACUGAUUCCACUCCAAUUGGAACAAUUCGUAUCACACCUAAACUGUUUAUCAAGCUUGAUGACAAGAAUUUCCUACUUUGGAAUCAACAGGUUGAAGGUGUAGUCACCUUACACAAACUACAUAGGUCUGUGGUUAAUCCUUUGAUCCAAUGAAUGUUGAAUUCGAAGAUGAUCAUGAACCUGAUAUUAUCUCUGAAGCCUAUGACAAGUGGCUUGUUCAAGAUCAAAUGUUGUUCACCUGACUCCUUUCUACUUUUUCUGAAUCUGUAUUGCCAUGAGUGAUGUAUUGCCGUAAUGUCUACCAUGUUUGGGAUAAAAUCUACAAACAUUUUCAGGCUCAAAUGAAAGCUAAGGUUAGCCAGCUCAAAUCUGAGUUAAAAGCUAUUAAGAAAGGCACAAGAUCCAUCUCCGAGUAUGUGCUUAGGAUCAAAGAAAUUGCAAAUUCUCUACUAUCUAUAGGUGAUCCUAUUACUGAGCAAAUAUCGAAUUGAUGCCAUUUUGGAAGGUUUUCCGUAAGAAUAUAGUGGUUUUGUUAAGAUGAUCUAUGGGAGACCUGAAUCAUCAUCUUUGUUUGAUAUUGAAGGCCCUACGUACUUCUUGUUCAAGAAACUCAGUUGGAAAAGUUUCAACAAGUAUGGGCAGACCCCAAGGCUCUGAAGACAAUUAAAACUUUGGUGUCAUCUGCACAAGGCUUUUCUGGUUUCAAACAGGCUCCUGUGCUUUGUAUGAGAGGCUUACUCAAGCUUUACCUCAGUUUGGUUUUCAUUCAAGCAAAUGUGAUACGUCUCACUCAAGUGCGGAACUAUUGUGGAUACAAUCUCCUCUCUGAACUAAAGGUCCCAUCCACACUCCUAUGUUAUUAUAUGACAAUGUUAGUGCUUUUCUACUUCCUCACAAGUCGGUGUUCUCAUGCUUGUACCAAGCAUCUCAAGCAUUCAUUUUGUACGUGAGACAGUUGUGGCUAUUCUCUUUGUGCACAUCAUGUUUCAGCCACUCAUGAGUUGGCUGAUGCCCUAACCAAGCCAAGCCAAUGUGAUGGAUUCUCAACCUCCUUAAGCUUGUAAGGGGUAAUAGAGUUAUAUCAUCGAUGUAUAGUAGUGCAUUUAGAGCACGUGUUUAUUGUGCCGAUUUUAGGUAGUUUUCUAUUAUGUCAGCGCUGGCAGUUAGGCUAGUCUCUCCCUUCUCUAUAUUACACUCCUUGUAUAAUUAGAGCACACAAGUGCACUUGUAAACAUAAUGAAAAUAUGAAUUUGCAGAGCAAUUAAAUUGGUGGACUCUCUUCACUUUUCUAUCAUAAAGAAACUUGAGGAUAUCACUGCUAAACUAUUUCGAAAAGUGUGCAAAAAUAGAUAUAAACGUAGUCAUGAGGCAGUGUUGGAGUCUGUCAAACAACACUUAAAGUAGCAAAACAAAAUUUGAUUCAAUAUGUCAACCUUUCAUGAGUAUUGAGGUUGAAGGAAAUGUUUACUUUCCGUUCAGCUCCUUCUUCUCUCCAUGUUAUGGUAUGAAAUAGCUGCAACAUAGAAAAGGCUUUUCAAUUAUCAAAUAUAUGCAACCCAUUUUGCAGGAAGUAAUUGGUGAAGAUGACCAGAAAUUUCCAACUUUAAAGAAAGAUCUGGGAGCGGAAGUAUAAUUGGCUGACGUGACCGUUUUGAAGGAGUUUAUAAAUGAGUACAAUAUUUCAGGCCACGCCAAGACCAACUCCAAUCCAACUGGGUGAGUUCUGUGAUAUACCUAAACUUUUGGAACUCCAAAACUGGACGGAAAGCCACUAUACAGAAGAAGCCAAUGAGCGGCUACGAUAACAAGAUGUGGUGAUGGUAAGUGGGAAUCCCACAUGCAUAUUUGUUUUUAGGGUGCUCAACCAAGUUGCACAGAUGCACGACAGAGCCUUUCUUAUUUGUAGAUCAACUUACUACUUGGGUGUUUUUUUAUUGCCGGUUGGUUUGCUUACAUUAGUAUUGUUAUAUGUUUUUCCAUGUAUUUUAUUUAUUUUAUAAAUAAGUGGUAACUAUCCAUUAUAUGGACAUUGUGGUAAUUACUCAUUAAGCAGAAACAAUGUAUAUUAUA